AGCCGCUCUGCACACGCUAACAGAAGGCAAGAAGCACCCUGAAGCCAAGCAGGGCUCAUAGUGAGAGCUGCGAGGGCAGCAUCACCAAACCCAGCUGGCCAUUUGUCCUGGAACCGGAUCUCUGCUGACCUUUCUUGUACAGAAAGUAGGAGAUACAUCUAAUUUUGUUGGAUUUUUGGCACUGCGGUUCAGCACCUGCCUGAGAUGGGCCCGUUAUCUUUGUGGAUCUACAGAAGGGUGCAUAUCUGUGAGAGAACAUCUUCAUUCUGGUGUCGUGGAUAACACAGGUGUGCAUUUGGUUUUUUUAAACAAACAUCGAAAGUUCAGCUCUAUAUUAACUCUAUUCCUGCAUCUCCAUUUGCCUGUUUAAUCAGCCGAAGAACUUCAUAUGUAAUCCAUGAACAUUUUAAUGGCUGUUUUUGUCUCUUGCUUUGCCACAUAAUUAAGCAAAAAGCAAAAAUGAAGAAACAUCUGAUUUGAGUUUGUGAUAUUUACAAAUCAAAAUAACUCUAAGAACUUCCAGAGGAGUAACCAGUGGAACUUGUCUUUAUUUCCCAUCUCAUUAUAAAUGAACACUGGACUUUGAACUGAAUUUAUCUUUAUUUUUACAAAGGAUUAUGGGAAAGAUGAAGAUAAGAAGAUUUUUGCCAGCAAUAUGAGCUUAAAGCAAGUUUUGUUUUGUCUUCUUAUUGUGUGUCCCAGAAUCCAGUGUGAGCUAUCCCUACUUGACCUUCUAGAAAAAUACUGCGAGGCUCUGUCUGCCCUCUACAAUAUCACAGGUUUGUAUUGCAAUGCCACUACUGACGAGAUCGGAACAUGCUGGCCGCGCACUACCAGCGGUCGGAUAGUGGAGAGACCGUGUCCGGAGUACAUUAACGGAGUGAAAUACAACACCACACGAAAUGCCUACCGGGAAUGCAUGGAGAACGGCACUUGGGCUUUUAAGAGUAACUACUCCGGCUGUGAACCCAUCUUGGAGGAGAAGAGGAAGUACCCCAUGCACUACAAGAUUGCUCUCAUCAUCAACUACUUAGGUCACUGCAUAUCCGUUGGAGCUCUUGUUGUGGCCUUCAUUCUUUUCCUGUGCUUGCGGAGCAUUAGAUGCCUACGCAACAUUAUCCACUGGAACCUGAUCACCACCUUCAUUUUGAGGAACGUAAUGUGGUUCCUUCUGCAGCUGAUCGACCACAAUAUUCACGAGAGCAACGAGCCUUGGUGUCGCCUUAUAACGACAAUAUAUAAUUAUUUUGUGGUGACCAACUUCUUCUGGAUGUUCGUGGAAGGAUGCUACCUUCAUACAGCCAUAGUGAUGACGUACUCGACUGACAAGCUUAGGAAGUGGGUUUUCCUUUUCAUUGGUUGGUGUAUUCCAUGUCCAAUCAUUGUGGCCUGGGCUAUUGGAAAACUCUACAAUGAGGAUGAACAAUGUUGGUUCGGGAAAGAACCUGGAAAGUAUAUUGACUACAUAUAUCAAGGACCAGUAAUACUUGUGCUUCUGAUAAAUUUUGUUUUCCUGUUCAACAUUGUGAGGAUUCUUAUGACAAAACUGAGAGCCUCCACAACCUCUGAAACAAUACAGUACAGGAAAGCGGUGAAAGCGACACUUGUGUUGCUGCCUUUACUCGGGAUCACCUACAUGCUCUUCUUUGUGAACCCCGGCGAGGAUGACAUCUCUCAGAUCGUUUUUAUUUACUUCAACUCUUUCCUGCAGUCAUUUCAGGGGUUCUUCGUGUCAGUAUUUUACUGCUUCCUAAAUGGUGAGGUGCGUUCGGCCGCGAGGAAGCGCUGGCGCCGCUGGCAGGACAACAACGCGCUGCGGGUUCGAGUCGCACGGGCGAUGUCCAUCCCCACGUCGCCCACCCGCAUCAGCUUCCACAGCAUAAAGCAGACCACCGCCGUCUGACCCGCUGUGCCGGACACAGCCGGGCGCCGACCCGAUCUCUCCUGCUCCUCGCAGCAGCGUCUCCGUGGCAACCCUCUUGCCUCAUGACCGUGAGCGGCUGGGCUUCCCUGAUGGACCGACCGUGGUUUGUGCCCAGGCCCGGUAAAUGGGAGGAGUAUCUUCUUACACACCGAUGACUCGGUGCAGUAUUGUGCAUCUAAGAAAACUGGACCAAAAAUUUCCAUGGCUGGAGGACAAUUUCUCCCAGAAAGAGCUGCUAGAAACGUCCCUCUGAAGCACUUCUGUUUCCGUACACAGUGGUCUGGCUUACUAUUAAUACUCUGUGCAAGCAUUCAUCAUCAUUAUUAUUAUUAUUAUUAUUAUUGUUCCAUCUUUCCUGGUCAGGGUCAAUGUAUUAUAGAAGGACGGAUGUAGGUUUCAUAUAUUUUAUUUACUGAAGAACCUUUAAAGGUUUAGAACAUGGUUAAAUUGCAUUAGAGUAAAACGAGGGCAGUCAUCCACCCUUUUCCUCAGUCAUUUCCUCAAAUUAAGCAGUCAAAAUAAAGAAUAAUCUAAUAACCCAAAACGAUCUUUCCCUGAAACAAAAAGAGAAUUGCAAGUUUAUAAAAAGAGGUCAGUGAGGACAAGCUAAGAUAAUCGACACAGGCCUGACUGGCUGGCGGUUCUUGCGUAUUUCAGAGGCUGUUAGAAAAUGGAAACGCGUGGAACACGAGACCUACAUGCGACAAAUUAAAAAAAUGCAGCCAAAUGCCAAGAACCAAUGAAAGUGGCAACAUGUACAGCAGUCCAGUUUCUAGUACUUUCGUACAUCAUUUGUAAUAACUUACGGUGGGAAAAUCGCCAAAGUUUUGCCCAUUGAAAAUUUUGCUUUAACGUCCUCACAUUUGUAAUAUUUCUGUUUACUUAUAAUUAAUUGGGAAUUAUGUAUAUAUAAAUGCUAUUUAUAUAUAUAUAUUUGAAUGAGCGGUCCACCAAAAGAUAUGAUUACACGACUGUGUGUGUGUGUGUGUGUGUGUGUGUGUGUGUGUGUGUGGGAGGGGAGUGUAAAUCCUGGCACAUUGAAGCUCCGUCUAAAUCAGCAUGUGGCCCUAUCUGCCCCCCUCUCCCCCCCCAGCUUAAUCUGUGGCAGCCCAUCGAUGUCAUGACCCGAAGCGCUGAGUUGCCUGCCUGUGAUCUGAUCUGAAACCUGGGAGCUGCUCUCCCAUAUGGGUCAGCUAAUGGAUCGCGGUGUCGUUAACAGCCAGUCCUCGGCGCCCGUGGAUUGACCAGCGUGCUAAUUUAACAGCACCCUUCCCCCCCUUUCAAAACUGCAAAGCGUUUCCUGCUCUCAUAUUGCAAUGCCACACGUGUCUCGCCAACAACAGGAACUCAGGCCAAAGAAAAACCUCCCUUCAAUGGUGAAGCAACUUGGGAAUCAAAUUUGUGGGUCAUUAUUUCCAUUUCUAACGCAGCAUUUUAAAAAUGUUUCGCGACAUUGAAGGGUUCAUUUGUAAACACUCAGUUCCACUAUGCAAUGAAAAUCUUACUUUAUGUGUCCUUCCACUACACACGAAUUAAAACAAAGCACAGUUUAGAUUUAGAAAUAUAUUCGUUGCAAAUCUAUAACUCACAGAAAAGGGACAUUUCCUUAAGCACAGUGGUAGGAAGGAUUGUGGUCACAUCCCAGGUCUCAUUUGGUGUUAAUUGCUAUGCGUUUAAGGCUGUUCUUUUCCUUCUGACCUGGGAGAGGAGAUCGAGUGGGUGGGGGCGCUUGUUAUCUUUGCCGGGGGGCUCACGACGAUUUUCGUUUUGCACAGAAGGUGUCGGGUGACGGCGGGGUUGUGUGCAGGGCCUUGCUCCGCAGGUCUCCGCUUUGCAGCAUGCACCCGCCCGCUUAAGCGGUCGGUCUGUAAUUAUAUCCACGCAGCGUGCUUGUGGGACCCUCAUGAGCUGCUGCAGCCUCAUGUUCCAUCCUUGGCUUGGCUACAGCCCCAGACCAUACUGGGAAAUGCAGGCUGAAAGGGGGGGGGGGGGGGGGGCGAUUUAUCAUUUUAAAAAAAGUGUCAUUUUAGGCUUCGAUCAGAUCCUGAUAUAUUUGUAAAUAAGUUACAAUAUAUACACACACACACACAUACAUUCACACUGUGUGCAUAUAUAUGUGUGUGUGUGUGUUAUACAUGUUCUUAUACAUACAGCCGUAAAAAAAAAUGAAGACCACAGCACAAUCUUUUUUUCACUCAUUUUCUGGGUGUCUCUGAAUGCUUCUCAUUAAUGAAGGGCUUCUUUCUUGCUUUAUGGGACUUCAGUCCUGCUUCUAGGAGCCUGAUAUGAACUGUCCUAGCAGUGCGCUUCACACCUGCACCUAAUGUUUCCGAUUCCUUUAGAAGGUCACCGGAUGUCAUCCUAUGAUUCAUGAGAAACUGACAGAUAAGUUAACGGUCUCUGGCAUUAGAAAGUCGUUCUCUGUUACCUGGCUGGUUUCUGGUCAUUCCCAGUGUCUCCUGCUUCACCUUAUUCUUGUUUACUGCUGUCUUAGAAACUUUGAACCUGGAAGCAACCUGCUGCUCAGCGUUGCCUUCUGCCAGCAGAACCAUGAUUAAACCUUGACUUAAAAAUAUAGAUUUGUUUAAAAAUAUAGAGUGGUCUCUUAAUUUUUUUCCAUGGCUGUAGAUAUUUGAUAUAUCCAUCCAUUUUCCAAACCGCUUAUCCUACUGGGUCGCAGGGGAGCAGUGGGUCCCGAAAGCAAUGGGCACGAGGCAGGGAACAACCCAGGAUGGGGGGCCAGCCCAUAUUUGAUAUAUACAAAUGAAUUUUUAUUUAUUAUGGCACAGUUCUCUUGAAAUAAGCAGAUGCAGGAAAUUACUUCAGGAAACAAUAUAGUCCAUAGAAUGUAGAAACAACAAAUGAAAUUAUAUAAAUAUACAGCAUAUACAUAUAUAAACACGUCUUCGUUAUGUCUUCAGGAACCAGGAAGAGACGCCGAUACUUUUCUUAAACAGUAAUGACACACGGAAAUAGGAGGUUUAUUUAACAAGCGUGUCUCAGUCGCAAGCAGUAAAAGUGACUGAGCUACCGGCAGAUGAAUCCAGUCCAAAUUAAUUUUAGCUUUAGAUACAGUAAGUCAAUGUGUAUAGGCCAGAAAAAAAACACUUUUAAUACAGAAAGAAGCACAUUAUACCAUUAAGGAUUCAGAUGAAGACUGGUUGAAGCAGCCCUUUGUGUAUAUAAAUAGGCCUAUAUCAAUUUUGGUUGUAUACAUUGUCUGUUUUCUGACUAAUGGUCACGUUAAUUUUAGUGAGCUGUUUUUAUGGUGAUUUUUAUGGUAUGCCAACUAAGGAUGUGCAGAGAUUCUGACGUCCAUUUCCAGAGCACAUUUGUUCAAAUAAAGCGGUAUAACUUCAUAUUAUAACGAUUACAUAAUAAAAAUUUUCAGCGUGAUUGUGUGAGUACUCACACUGAUAUCCUGUAGAUAAGAAGCCCAGUAAUUCACUGGCCAUUGUACAUACUCAAAUACCCAGAGUGAGUUUGAAGAAUGAUAUAAAUAUCUUACUAUUAUUAUACUACUUGAAUGCGAGGGAGACUAUAUCAAUAUUUCUUGUUUUAGUCAAAUCUGCUUCAGGGCAGACUUGAGAGUUCUGAAGAGCUAUUAUACAAAAACAGUAUUACAUGAAAAUUGUCAAAGAUACUUUGAUGGAGCAUAGAAAGUAUUUCACAUUUUCUUUCUCCGGCCAUUUUUCACUACAAAAUACUGCCAAAUUUAGAUUCUGCAGCAGCUAGAGUAACUUUCGGAACUGUCGUUCGGAACAAUUUCAAUUUUAACUUUAGAUGAAUUCUGCCAUUGUAACUUGAAAAGAGUUUCAAUCAAAUGUAUUUAAAACACCAUUCCAUAGAAUGUCAGCUCAUUAUUUAAAUUAAAAAAAUCAUAAAACGAUUAAAAAUGCAUGUUUAAAUUAUUUCUCAUGUUUUGCAAAGAUGAUUUUAAUUUCCGUUCUAUUGGAUGAAGCAAGUCUUCCCUAUCCACCCAUCGUCUGAUCGCCCACUAGUUGGAUUAUGUUGACCUUGACGAGUCUUUUGAUCUUGUCUUCAAGCCUUCAGCUCUCUGUCCUCAGUCUUUGUAGCAAACCCUAUAUUAAGGUAAUUCUCACAAAUUAAUUCCUGUGUCACUCCAGACAUGCUACAAAUUAUUUUCUUUAAAAUAAGUGGAAUUUUUUAUUAAGAAGCUAACCUGUCUGUAUUUUACUUUUAAUGAAAGUUCUCCAAAACUGAACAAAUGUAUACCGUCAAAUUGUAAAUUAAAGCUUUUUGUGUUAUUUUCUUGUAUAUAAUGUGAAUACAUUUACUGGUAUUUUUGUUAUUUAAAAUAACCAGUGCUGCCUUACCUGAAAAUGGAAUAAAGUGAAACAGGAAGUGUA